CCGGAACUCAAACUCAACAAUUAACUGCAGACAAAAGAAAAAAAAUUAAAAAAAUCCAUUUCAAGUCCGCGUUCCGCAAUUCACUAUCUCGAAACCCUAAUUUGCUCUCCAAAAUCACUCCCACCAACAAUUACCACUCAAAUUUCUCACAAUUCCACGCGUCUUUCUCAAAACGCCGUCGAGUUUCUUUUUUGAAGCUCUCCGGGUCGUUUUCCGGUUCAAUUUCGAGGAAUUGGACGGUAAAUUAUUAGGGUUUCAUUUUACGCCACAAGGAGAGGUUAAAGUUCGAAACUUUCUGAAAGGGUUUUAUUUAAAAUCUCCUUUUAUUUUAAUCGAGUUUUAGUUACUUUGAAGUAUUUAGGGUUUGGUGAAAUUUCAAUGGACGUUGAGGAUUGAAUGGUAGCGUCAGGUUGUCUGCAGCUUGAAUUUGUGAAGAAGUCGGUUGGUUUGUUACAGUGGUCGAGUGUAUUUUUCGUGAUUAAAAGGCUGAAAGUGACAAGCUUGAAUUUUUAGGGGUUGAAAUGGAUUACGAGCUUUCUGAUAGCAGCGGAACUGAUGAUGACCUUCCACCUACACAUCGAAAUAGAUUCCAAAGUGGGGUGCGAACUGCUGGGAAUGGAAGAUCUGCAGUUGGUGGUGCCGCUUCACAGCCAAGGUUGCAUAGUGACAUGGAAAGUCAAAUCCACAACAUUGAACAAGAAGCAUACACUUCAGUCCUGCGAGCCUUUAAAGCCCAGUCAGAUGCUAUUACUUGGGAAAAGGAAAGCCUAAUUACAGAACUCAGAAAAGAACUAAGAGUUUCAGAUGAGGAGCACAGGGAGCUCCUAGCCAGGGUUAAUGCUGAUGAUAUGAUUCGGAGGAUAAGGGAAUGGAGAAAGGCGAACGGGAUCCAACCUAGCAUGCCAAGCAAUGCCCAGCCUUCUCACGAUCCCAUACCUAGUCCUACAGUUUCAGGAUCUCGCAAGAAGCAGAAAACCUCACAGUCAGCCGCAUCAUUGUCCAUGGGUGCACCUUCUCCUGUAUUGCAUCCAUCUAUGCAACCAUCUACAUCAGCCCUGAGACAUGGCCCAUCACCUGGAUCCGGGAACAAGAAGCCCAAAUCAUCCAUGCAGCAGCGUUCUACAGGUUUGUCCAGCAGGGCUCAAGCUGCUAAUCGUGGUUCUUCAGGUGUCUUCGCAACCAAUGAUUUAAUUGGAAAGAAAGUUUGGACUCGAUGGCCAGAGGAUAACCACUUCUAUGAAGCCGUUAUAACUGACUACAAUCCAGUUGAGGGGCGGCAUGCUUUGGUUUAUGAUAUUAAUACUGGGGAUGAAACAUGGGAAUGGGUCAAUCUCAAAGAGAUAUCUCCUGAAGAUAUUAGGUGGGAGGGUGAGGAACCAGGACUUUUCCGUAGAGGUGGCCGGCCUGGACCAGGCCGUGGGAAUAAGAAAGCCAUUGCACGUGGUGGUGCAGUUGUCACUGCAGGAAGAGGUAGAGGAACCACAAAGGGUCAGUCCAAAAAAGAUUUCCCUCUAAUCCAGAAUGGUAUUGGGAAGAAGGCUAUGGGUGAUAUUGAGAUACUUCACACAAAUACUCUAAUCAAGGAGGUAGAAAAAGUUUUUGGUGCUAGCCAUCCUGAUCCUUCGGAAAUUGAGAAAGCAAAGAAAGCUCUGGAAGAACAAGAACAAGCCCUGGUCAACGCAAUCGCAAGGCUAGAAGAAGCAUCAGAUGGUGAAAGUGCAGAUGAGGGGGAACAUCCAUUUCCCCGUGUUCAAUCAAUGGACCAAGAUCGGGGAUGGAGAAAACGGUCAUAUGAUGAGAUUGUUGGUGAAGGUAGAGGAAUUGAAGGUUCAGAUGGCAACAAAAUGGCAAGAAAUGGCAGAAUUGUUUCAAGCGAUCAGCAUGAUGAGAACUAUGACAUGUGAUUAUUAGGCUUAUUGUCAACGUGUGGCCCUGACUUGUAUUAUAGCUUCCUCAAAUUUUAUGGCCAGCCAAGAGCAUGACAAUCCCUGGGCUUAUAUAUUAGCUAGGGAAGACAGUAGCUUUGAUUUCAGUGUAACUUUAGUUUCAUUUAAGUAGGAAAAUGUUUAUGUAAAUUAUUUUCAGAGUGAUAUCUGACCAUGUAAAAAUGGCUAAAUGGCUUUGAAUCUC